AUGGUUAUCACGAUUGGGAGCAUCAUGAUUGUGGUCAGAUACGUCCCCCAUUUGGCCCCGCAAUCUGCAAGAUUCUUUUUCUAUAAAAUAAUGUUAAAUAUUGCUAGUCAUAAAGCAUAUAAGCUUUUUAUCGACUCCUACGGGGAAACUUACGAAGAACUUUCCCUCACCACGCUCUCUACCAACACCACCGGAAGAAACGGUCUUUGGCAACAAGAGCGGAUACUUGUGCCUGAUUUUCUUUUUGAACGACCGUUCUUGAAUUUUUUCAUGAUGCAAAAGCCAUAUAGUGAUAGUACUUCUCAAUCUAAAGAGCACGAAAGCGAAAUACCUCAAGGAAAUGUAACUGAUUCUGUCAAGUUCGGUAGCGACAACAAUAGUAAUGCGUCAAUAGACGCAAAACAUGAACAAGAAAGAUCACUUGAAGAGAGUUUAGAAGAAAAUGGGAUUAUCGAUCAAAACAGUGAGAAACCUCUCUGCCGGUAUUUUCAACGUGGCUUUUGCCGUUACAAUGAAGACUGUAGGUAUUCUCAUGAAAGAAGCGCGCCAGUUUCUGUGCCAAGAUUUGGUGUGCUAACUCAUCCAAAAAGCACCACACCUUGUCGCUUCUUCUCAAAAGGAUAUUGUCGUUAUGGAGAUGAUUGCAGAUUUGCCCAUGGUAGUGGGCGGUUUCACUACGGAAGUGGCAUCGCACCCGUUAAUGAACCUGAUAUGUCUCAUGGUGAAUGGUCUCGAUUUCCUGGUGAAGAUGUCAAUAUGCUAUCACAAGUGGUCAGGCCAUGGGAUGAAGAUACUCAAGUCUUGGAAGCCCAUCUCAUUUAA